UCGGUACCAAACACAACAACAGCACGGUUCAGCGUCUCCUAGGUCCGUUGGCGACCAUAUAUUUCUAGAGAUCGACCCAUAGCAAAACAAAUAAAAAAACGCUCAGUUCUAAACUCCGCCCAAAGGCGUGUUUACGAAAAAGUGGAUUUAAAGGCAAUUUUAUUAGGUUCACCCGCCACGGUCUUGCACCGCCCUAAAGGAAGCCCACUGCGCAGAGUUGACUGCCUGCGCCAUGUUAUUUGCCAAGCAGUAUGGAGUUGUUUGGGUGGCAGCGAACGGGAUGUCAUUAACUAUCAGUGGUGUGGAUUGAUAGUGAGCAGGUAAAAGCGAAGCCUGUAGAAAUAUGAAUUCUACAGACCUGAGCGCAGCCUCCUAUGUUCUCCGCUGCUGCUGUCACAGAAAAACCUGGUUGCACUCAACAGGAGGGCUACCCAUCCUGAAACAAAACAUUUGGUUUGUAGAGCUAUGCUGAAAGUGUGAAGGAGCAUCAUGAACAGAUACACUACUCUCAAGCCGCUUGGAGAUGGGACCUAUGGUUCUGUUCUCCUGGGAAGAAGCCUCGAGUCAGGACAACUGGUUGCUAUUAAAAAAAUGAAAAGGAAGUUUUAUUCUUGGGAAGAAUGCAUUAAUCUCCGGGAGGUCAAGUCCCUGAAGAAAUUAAACCAUGCCAAUGUAGUCAAACUGAAGGAAGUUAUCCGGGAAAACGAUAAUCUUUAUUUUGUGUUUGAAUAUAUGAAGGAAAAUCUCUACCAGUUGAUGAAAGAUAGGACCAAGUUGUUUCCUGAAUCAGCUGUAAGAAACCUCAUGUAUCAGAUACUGCAAGGAAUGGCCUUUAUUCAUAAACAUGGAUUUUUUCACAGAGACAUGAAACCUGAAAAUAUCCUGUGCAUGGGUCCAGAACUUGUUAAAAUAGCUGACUUUGAAAUUAGAUCUCGACCGCCUUAUACUGAUUAUGUCUCAACAAGAUGGUACCGCGCACCUGAGGUUCUUUUGAGGUCCACUAAUUAUAGCUCUCCAAUUGACCAGUGGGCGGUUGGCUGUAUUAUGGCAGAACUCUACACCCUAAGGCCUCUGUUUCCUGGUUCAAGUGAAGUCGAUACAAUGUUUAAAAUCUGCCAGGUAUUGGGGACACCAAAAAAGAAUGACUGGACUGAAGGCAUUCAACUUGCUGCAGUGAUGCAUUUCCGCUGGCCACAGUGUGUCCCCAGCAACCUGAAGACCCUGAUUCCUAACGCUAGCAGUGAGGCGAUCCAUCUCAUGAGGGAUAUGCUGCAGUGGGACCCAAAGAAGCGCCCUACAGCCAGUCAGGCACUUCGUUGUUCCUAUUUCUAUGUUAGUCAAGCCUUGGGGACUCCUCGGCAAUUGCAAGAGCUAGAGAAACCACAAACAAAGCCACAACAACUACCACAGCACCUGAAACCUGUGCGUCCUCCUCAGCCCCCACCUCUGCACCAGCACCGCUCCCCAUCUAGACCCUUACAACAAAUCCAGCCUGCUCAGCACCCAACGUAUCCACACAAGACUGACUCUACACAGGAGGUGUUUGACAGAGCAACACAACUGGAAGGACAGACCCGGCCUCACCAGCCUCUCUUUCCUGUGUUAAAAGCCAAAGAGUCUUUGCUGAAAGCGGCAGCACCAGAGACAGAAAACUCAGGCCCUCCUGUUUUUCAUGACAAUCCAAAAGGUAGUAGACGACGAUGGGGUCACGUUUCAGGUGUUUUGAAAAGCUCAGAUGACUGGGAGGGCUUUGAGGAGAUGGAAACGAAUUCUCUGAAUAAAGCAAAGAUGGCGAAUGACAACAGGAGACAAGGAGAAGAUGCACUGGGCAGAUUUGGAAGUGUCUUGGCUCUCAAUCCAUCAAACAGCAAAGGGAUUGGCAGUCUUCCAAAUGUAAAUAACUUGCUUUCAUAUCAAGAUCCGACUACAUCUAGGGCGAUGUCAGCUAAACAGCAUUACUUGAAACAGUCUAGGUAUUUACCAGGCAUAGGAGCAAAAAAGAAUUUGGUGACCAAUCCACGCAAAUACCACACAACAAACAAUUUGUGGGCAGGUGUCGGUUUGCCCUUGGGAGUCAUUGGUGGAGCCUUACCAGGUAGCAGAACCACUCCAGCUUAUGCAUCCCAUCGAAGCCAACCCUCAACAUUUGCUCCGCCUUCCAAGAGCACAUCUGGGCUAAUGCCGCGGCCACCACCCGUGCAAGCUAUCCAUGGGAGGACAGACUGGACUUCGAAAUAUGGUGGACAUAAAUAAGAAUUCAAUAUAUGCACCGUUCAACAUAAGAAAACUGAAACAAGACGUAUCCAUAUCCUUCUGCUUCACCUAAAAUUCUAGUAGUGCAAGAGGACAUGGCAGAUUGCCCUCAGUGUGCAACAUACUUGCAUGUUAGACCAGUCACUUUGUGAAUUAGUUUAAGUAAUGGUAUGUGCUGAAGAGAGCAUAAUGUAUAAUGCUGCAUUCAGUGUUUGUGUCAAUAUAACUGUCAAUCAUUAUUGUAAUACUGUGCUUUUCACUUGAGGAGGGGAAAACAUGUGCUUUUAGUAUACAGCAAUAAUGUGUUAAUUUUGUAACUUUCUGUAAUUGUAAACUUGGUUGCUUUUCUGCAAGGAGAGUCCGCCCCUAACCAACACGUCAUCAGCAAGCGCAUAAAGGCUCCAUGUUUUAUUCUCCCAUGUCGCUUCUUUUGUUUUGGCCUCUUACAUGCUGGGAAGGCAAAACGGGAGUUGACCGCUUAGAGCCUGGAGGAAGGGCAACCCUCAGCCACGGAUUCCCUGAGGUUUCCCCCUACCUCAAAAAUUAAAAAUAUGUGAAUAGGGGGUUUUUCCUUACCUGAGUGCCGAGCGGUUUGUAUUUAGUUCUGUGGGGUGCGUGGUCAGGCUGGAGAAGGGCUCUUUUCCCCCAGUGCAGUCAUGCUCUGGGGGACAGGCUGUGUCUCAGCUGCUCAUUUUCAUAACUUCAAUAUUUUGGGGGGUAGGUGGCAACACACCACUGUGGGGUGCGUUAAUCAUUUAUUAUUAUUUUGCAUUGAUGGUUUGGUGGCCUCGUCUUUGGGGGGAGGUGACCCAUAGCCACUUUCUAUCUGCGGCACUGGGAUGCAUGUAACGGUUCAUGUAUUUCCAUCCAGCCUCGUGCAGGUAGCCAUCGAGGCCUCCGGGCAAAUUUAUCAUUCACUUGGGCCCUGAGCACCCAUCACAGUUCAUUAAAUCUGCAAUUGCAAUCAAUAAGUCAUUCAUUCAUUCAUUGUGGAUUCUCUGUGCUGAAAUGUAUAAUCUGUAUCGCUAGGUUUUAAAGAUGGCUACAUUUGUAUGUAUGUUUGUUUGUUUUUUCACAACUGUUUUUGUAUAAGUUUUGUACAAGAGUAAUUCAUUUAUUUUAAUGGGAAUGCAGAUUGAAUAUUUCAACUACAAUCAAAACUCCUUUUAUAGAGUGAGGAAGCUGAUUACAAAUCAGUAUCUUUUUUUUAUUUUUAUUUAAUGCUCAAAUGAUGUGUGGGUUUACAUGUGCAUAAUUUUCUAUUACCUUACUACAAAGCAAAGUUUUGUCAAAGCAAAACAUCGCAAAAGCUGUGAUGCUUUGUGUCAUAAUGCUUUUUUUUUCAUUUUUAAAGUGUAGAUAUUGCUUUAUUCAUUUAUACUUGUCAUUCUUAUUAGUAAUAUGUUCUUUCUGAUUCAGAUUUGUUUGUGCUUAAUAUAGAGUUUACAGACCACGUUUCACAAAUUGCAAUACAAACAGCAGCUGUUGUGUUAUGUCUCAGUUCACUAAAGUUGCUUUUCCAUAUUUACCGGUUGUUUGAUUUAAAUCCCUGCAAUAUGGUGACAUUUUGCACACAACUCCAGACAAAUACUUGACAUAUUCAGGUUUGCUAAAUGUGGUCUGGAAUCUCUUAAAUAUGUAAUGUGCGUAUACCAUAGAAAUGUGCAUUUUCUUGAAGAAAAAGUACAGUGCCACUGUUCAACUGAACAUUAAAACUGUUUCUGCUUUAUGUUGAGAAAACUCUGCUAUUUGAUCAGUAAGUACAGGUUCCUUUUAAGGAACGGGUUUUGUUAUUGAUUGCAACACAGUUCUUUUAAAAGUAUUUAAGUUUGACAAAGCUGGUCUUCCAAUUUAGAAUACAGUGCUUCACGUUGUAUAGACACAGUAUAUGCUGGCAGCAUUUGAAGAAGAAACAUUUUUAUUUUAUUGGUUUUUGUUUUGUUAUUAUAAAACUGUCCAUUCACACAAAGUGUUGUAUACAAAAAUAUCUCAAAUAUAUCCAUUCCAAAAAUGCAUUAUAUAUCUAUUUGGUGAGUGCUUCAUUUGCGGUGGAAUGCCAGCCGAUUUCUUAAAAAUGCUAGUUGCUGAAACCUUGAACCAUAUUCAGUGUUGUGGUGAAGUUGUUAUCUUGGUUCUACUUGGGGAACCUGUUUGUAAUACCCUAAAGAGUAUUAAUGGACAUUUGCAGGAUUAUCUGAUCCUGCUGAAAAUAGUAACCAGUUAUUUUUCUAUAGGUACAUGAUCAUGUUUUGUACUUUACAACUUUGUACCACAUAAAAUAUUUUAUAAACAUUAAAAUAUGUUUAAGUGUC